CACCAAUUUCGACCUUAACCGAUUCAAUUUCUCCACUACACAUUGUUUUUCGCAGAUUGCAGCCAAGACAAAGAAUUACAGGCGUAAGAGUUUCAACAGAAUAUUCAAGUCUACUUUUUGCAUCGGUGAUUACAGAGAUGCAAUGGAUUUGGAGUUCUUGAAAAAAAAUCACCGAAGAAGGGUUAAGGUUCUUGCAGAUUCUGGUCCUGAUCUCAUAGCCUUUGAAACAAUACCCAACAAACUCGAAGCUCAGUCAAGACGAAGAGUUGCAGGCGUAAGAGCUUCAACAGAAGAUGUGAACUUAGUUGUCGAUGCUCAACAGCUCAAAAAUACAUCACUUAUUAAUAGAAGGCUACUAUUGUUUGUAAAGAAAAAGCUCAAGAAUAAAAUAUUAUAUUUUAAGGACAUUACAGUCAGUUUGCAAAUAAACCCACAUAAAAUUGGUAAAUCAAGAAAAGAAAACGUGAUAUUGUUCAUCAAGAGAUUAUUAGUUUCAUCCCAAUACAACCAACCAAAAAGCAUAUUAGAUGUUGUGAAUCAGUCUUUUAAUCUCAGUACUACAUAUCCCAUCCAUAGCUAUCUAUCCAACCCCCCAACCAAAAGAGCCCUUAGGGACAACCUAACGAUUAAUUGGUACAACAGUGAUUAAUUGGUGAUAAAUUGGAAAUAAUUAUUUUUUUUAAAUUUAAUGUUAUAUAUUUCUAGAUAUUAUUU